GAGCAAUGAACGCGAACAGCUCGCCAGCAAAACUAAAACUAAAACAUAAUUUGUUUUGCCGCUCACAUUAAAUUCUGCGGAAAUGAAUCAAGACGUACGGGAAAUUCACUUUUCCGUCAGCUGUCUGCGUGUAAGUGUGUGUGUGAGUGCGCCGCUUUGUGUUUGCCAACUGUAGCUGAGACUUCGCUAGAAGCGCCGUUGCCUGUGUGCGAUAAACCAAUUUCUGAGUUAAUAUUUUCCACAAACUCAUAAACACAUCAGCGCAGACGUUAGCUGUCUAGCUGUCUGGCUGUCCGGCUGUCCCACAGGCAAACCGACCUAAUCUGAAGGACUAACGCCGGUCGACUGUACCCGGCGACUGCAUGCGCCUGCCUGACCACCCUAAGAAAAUUACCUAAGUAGGUAAGAGCAUGGCUCCUAUAUAAGCCCAAGCGAGGACUGCAUCCUUCACUCAGUCCAUGUUUAGCCCUCCGUCGGACAGCCGUCUCGCACCGAAAGCAAACGCCACCGAGAGAAUUACCGCACACGUGCUGUGAUAGUCAGUGCCCAGUGUCUAACCAGUCAGGAUGUUGUUUCUGGCGCCGCGCAAGCAUCUAUUUGCCACCAAUUUGAUAAUAUUCCUCAUGAUUUAUAUCAUGCGCAAGUGCCUGCAGUUGUUCUGCAUCAUCGAGAACAAGGCGUGCCAGCAGCCCGACUGCCGCUGCGAGCCCGGCCAAACGGACUGCCAGGACUCGCCAGUGAUGGAGAGACGCGGCGGAUUCAAGCUCAUACCGGAUGCCAUGAGGAAGACCAUGCACAGCUUUGGCUAUGGCGAGGGCCACUAUCAGAUCUUCGUGGAGAAGAAGGAGCGCAAUUUGCCAACCAAAUCGCGCCUCAAUGCGGCCAACGCUGAACUCAAGCUGAAUCCCAAUUAGGCGGUCCAGCUUGACAGCCAGCUAAACAGCUCAAGGAGCCCACAAAAUGUGCCAACUACAACAGCAGCAGCAGCAACAACAACAACAACAACAAUAGCAAUAUCUAACUACAACAACAACAACAAAAUUUGUCCAAUGUCUUCUGCCAUAAAUAUGUCUUAAUUAAUUAUAAGCAUUCAACAGCAUUUCUUUUUAUAUCGAAGCGCAUA